AUGUUCCGAACGCCGGUGAGGGAAGGGGCGAGCAGGGAGGAGGUGGAGGCGAGUGUGGCGGGGUUCAUCGGGUGCGGGCUGGACGUGGGGCUUCUGGUGUCACACGCCCUCGUGGACGUGCUGCACAACGGUGAGUUGCGGUGCAGAGCGGUGCAUGUGUGUGCCACACGGCUCAGCAGCUCGUGGGGCGGGCAGCGAGGAGGUGGAGGCGAGUGUGGCGGGGUUCAACGGGUGCAUGCAGAGCGGUGCAGAGCGGUACAGAACGGUGCCCCCAACCAUUCCCCCUCCUCCCCACAAUCCCUGCUCUCUCCCCCACCUUCUCCCCUCCCUCCCCUCUCUCCCCACCAGACUCUGACAUCUUCUCUCUCCAGCUCUUUGACAUCACAGAACCAGCCUCCCCCGUCCCACUCCACAGCCCCCAACAACUCCCCUCCCCCCCUCUCCCCACCUCUCCCCCCCUCUCCCCCUCCACCCUCCUGCCCCCCCCCUCCCUUCCCCUCCCCCUCCCCUCUCUCCCCACCAGACUCUGACAUCUUCUCUCUCCAGCUCUUUGACAUCACAGAACCAUCCCAGCCCGUCCCGUUGGACGCUCCAAACGACUCCUCCCACCAACCCCCGAACCACCUCUUCUCCUCGCCCAAUCCCGCCUUCCCGAGCCUCAACUACAGCGUCGCCGAGCCGUUCCCCGAGCCUAUCGUGGGCCGGCACAUCCAAGCCUACUGCUCCCACCUCGUGCCUGGCAGCACGUGGGCGCUCCUCUACGCGCCCCUCCUCCUCGCGCUCCUCGUCCUCCUCGUCUCCGCCCUCCUCUCUAUCAUCAUCCUCGUUCUCCGCCGGAAAGGCGCGGCUAUCCGAGCGGAAAUGCGCGCCGCGGAGGAGUACACGCUCCUUCUAGAGCGUGCCGAGCGGGCCAAGAGCGAGAGUAUAGCCUGUUUGAGCCAUGAUCUGCGCACGCCGUUCAAUGGGAUGCUGGGGAUGAUGGAUGAGCUGCUGGACACGCAGCUGGAGGAGUGGCAGAUGCGGGACGUGGUGGACGCGCGGACGUACGCGGCGUCGGUGAUCGGGCUGCUGAGCACCAUUCUGGACCUCGCCAAGCUUCAAGCGGACAUGCUGGAGCUGGAUUCCGUACCCUUCAGCCUGCACCAGUGCCUGGAAACGGCCGCUCGCUCGCUCUUCUCCGACGCACAAGAAAGACACCUCGAAUGUGAGUACAGGGCAUGCUAG